AAUAUUAGCUACUCUUCCAAGCAUGACCGCUCCAUCACAUUUAUGCAAAUACCUUAACAGAGGUCAGUCACAACCCAGAUACACACCUAGCCACACCACACACACUUCUGCUUACAACUUUACUGAUAGAACUCAGCACCUCCAAGCAGAAGGGCAACAUGAAGAGCUUUGAUAAGUCACUGGAGAUAGAAACAGAGGAGGAAGGUAAUGCCCAGAAGCAAGAAAAUAACUCAGAAGCAUCCCAUAAUGUAACCCCACUUCUGCUGGACUCAUGGAAGCCAUACAAGGGAACCCGUGCAAAUGUCAAAGGGCAGCUGCUAAAGCUGAGAGAUUGUUUGGAAAGCGUCUGUGGGAUUCAGUGGUAUGGAUUCGCUACUUUGGGCAUUUUGACAGCCGUCCUAAGUUUCCUCAUGGACUUCAGUGUGGCAAAGCUGCUGCAAGCUCAUCUGUGGCUUUAUGGAAAGCUGGAAGGGCACAUUCUGCUGCAGUUCCUCUGCUGGACUCUAUACCCAGCAUGCAUCUGUGCUUUCGCCUCAUCUUUCUCCCAUAACAUCUGUCCCUUCUCCACAGGCUCCGGUGUACCAGAAGUGAGAACCAUGCUGUCUGGCAUUGAAGUGCCUCAUUACUUGUCUCUCACUAAUAUGUUCACUAAGUUUCUGGGUCUUACCUGCACACUGGCUGCAGGCAGCACUGUUUUCCUUGGCAAAGUUGGUCCAUUUGUGCAUCUUUCCACCAUGUUAGGAGCCUAUUUGGACAGGCUUUGCAGACUCAUUCAAGGCAAAAAGAAGGAUGCAGGAACAGAGAUGAUGGUUGUAGCUGCUGCGGUUGGAGUAGCAAGCUGCUUUGGAGCGCCCGUCAGUGGUGUGCUGUUCAGUGUGGAGGUGAUGAGCUCUCACUUUGCCCUGAGGCAUUACUGCCCGUGUUUCUUCUCGGCUGCCUGCGGGGGUCUGACCUUUCACUUGCUGUCGGUGUGGAGCAGAGAUGGAGAGACUCUUCAGGCGUUGUUCAAAACCAAUUUCCCCACCGCUACACCUUUCUUCCCACUGGAGAUCCUGCUGUUUGCUUUACUGGGGCUGCUGUGCGGGGCCGGGAGCCGCUUCUACCUCUUCUGCCACCGCUGGAUCCUGAAGUUCACCAAAACGAAUCGGGUCUUCCUUACGAUGCUGACAACAGAGAAGGGUCUGUACUCUGGUCUUGUUGUUUUCUUUCUGGCAUUGCUGACGUUUCCCCACUCCGCAGGUCAAUACCUGGCCUCUAAGUGCACCACAAAGCAGCUCCUCACUUCCCUCCUGGACAGCAGACAAUGGAGCUCUCAGUCCCACAAUGCAUCUGUGCGACUGGAGCUGGACUCGCUGGAGUGGAGCUCGUCGGGCGCCCCCAUUUUCCUGUCCUUGGCUUUCUUUCUGCUCAUGAAGAUGUGGAUGUUGGUCCUGGCCUGCACGCUGCCUCUGCCAGCGGGUUACUUCAUGCCUGUGUUUGUCUAUGGUGAGUGACGGGACACAACCUAAACAAGAUGUUCAGCUUAUUUCAACACAAAACUUGCGAUACUUGUGAAUAAGCUGACCUGAACAUCGAUGAGCAGCUAAUUUGAUCAUUGCUUCUGCCUCGUAGGUGCAGCCGCCUUCUCUGGUGCUGUCACCCACACUCUGUCCCCGGCUCUGCUGGCCGUGGAGCUAACAGGGCAGGUCACCCACGCUGUGCCUGCCCUCCUGUCCACUCUGCUGGCCAACGCCCUGGCACGCUCCAGGAACGGCCUGUCUUUCUACGACGGCCUUUCUAUCAGUAAGAAGCUCCCACACCUGCCCUCGCUGAAGAAGGCGUGUCCACAGCUUCCGUCCACACCACUGGGGCAGGUUAUGGGGGUGAAAUCAGUGCAGCUUCAGAAAGCAGCUGGGCCAGCAGAGGUUCAGUCUGCUGUCAGCAACAGCAGUGAAGCACAAAUCCCCGUGGUGGACUCACACGAGUCGCAGGUGUUUCUGGGCUGCGUUCUGCGGUCGGAGCUGCUGCUGUUCCUGCAUCGCUGUCAGACUCAGCGCAUUGAGGGACGACUGGACGAGGUCUGCAGCAUACGUCCAAACUCGGUUGUGGUCUCGCCUCACAACACAGUGCAGGAGGCCUACAACAUGCUGAGCGUUGCUCCAGCUCAGACCAUAUUUGUGGCUGACAGAGGAAAGCUGGUGGGACAGAUCACAUGGUCAGAGAUGAAACAAAUUUUGGUAGGCUUGGCCAAGGACAUCUAAGCAGCGUCAACAUGGGAUCGGCACUUCCUGUCAUCAAAUUUAACCUGACAUGAAUAGCAUCUCUCUCUGAUUAGCACGCGACAAAGCCUACAUCCGAUAAUGCUAUCACUCCUUCAUUCCCCAAGUGUAACAAUGUUUGCACAUCAACAAAACUGUAAUUAACUGUCGACUCCGAUGGAAAAUAUUCAUUAAAGCUCUUUUUUGCCUUUAAUUGUAAUCAGCGGUCCAGACAAGCGAGAGCGCACAUCAUUCACUGAUCUGUACUUUUUGACAUGGUAAUGAGAUAAAUACUACUAAUAUUCAGCAGAUGUGAACACAAAGGCUGUUUUAGUAGCUUAUUCACCAGUUGCCACAAUGAAAUCUGUGCUGUUUUCUUCUUCUGAUAAGCAAGUCUCACUCAGUGUUUGCUGCUGAGCUACACGUUUGUGCGAUGGAGCAGUGCAUCACAGAGCAUUUUUUAUAAAGUAUAUUAUAUAUAUUCUUUCUCACAAUUAUGCACUAUUUAUGUUGGUAUCCUGCAUAAAAUCCCAAUGAAAUACACUGAAGGGCUUGGUUGUAACAUGACAGAAUGGUGUGAAAGUGCUCUGCUGUGGACUGUUCCUCUCUGUUUAAGCUGGCUUUGAGGGCACAGAGACCUCAUAUUACUUUAGAGAUGUUUCAGUUUGUGAGGUAAUUUCCUACCGUAGCGGUGUCAGACUUGCCUUCACCAUUAAAAAGAAAAAAUGCCAAAGACGGUUUAAAGCUUUUUCUGCAAUGUUUUCCUAAAAUAUUUUUAUGCGCAUAUUUCCUUUGCCUCUCUCAGUGUCAUGUCUGCUUCCUAAAUAACCCCAGAUGUCAUGUUGCAGAGGGGAAAUAGACCUUCAUUACUUCUGUACUUUGCUGAAGGGCUGCGAUGAGUCACUGGAAACCAUUUGUUAAAGUGCAUCUACUGUCUGAUCUCCUCAAACAGCAGGGGGGAAGCAGCCACGAUGCGCAGCACAGCGUCAUGUUGUACAGACAUCCCUCGAAAGAUUACGAUGACAGGUCGCACCAACCGCUCCUUUCAACGUCCCCCUCACUUUUUCUUUCCCUCCUCUCUGUAACACGCAGGGCUGCUGACGUACGUACAGAAACACACACCAAUGAUGCGUGAGCGACUCCUUUACUCCCUCGCUGUAUUUCCUAAACCUUGCCGUUUCUCCUCGCUGCACCUGGGGCUUUCAGAUAGAAAAGUGUGAAUUAUAGCUAAUCAUGUUUCUGACUCAGAUAGAUAAUUGGAUGGAGGACAUUUUUUUCACUUGAGAAGUCUUACAGGACAGAUUUUUCUUUUUUUUCUGUUAUUCUCACUUAGUCAAGGUCAGCUCUUUAGUCCUUCAAUGUGAGGACUGAAGUCAUUGUUCUCCCUCCUCCGCUAUAUUAUCUCCUUAGUUUCAUGAACACCGAAAAUAAUCCUACAUAAGUUCCUCUGUUUCUUGUGCAUCUCUCCUCUUGUCUUUUCUAAGACAGAGGAGUUCUGGUUCUGCUAGAGGUUUCUUCCUGUUAAAGGGGAAUUUUCCUCUCCAUUGUUGCUCAGUGUGAGGGAUUGCUGUGAAGUCAAUGACUCGAUGCAAUUUGUUGGAUUUUCUUAGAUACUGUAAUUUUUGAUAACUAGGAUCGGAAUCUGUGUGUGAUUAAAGUGAUUUUUUCUUUUUAAUUUAGUUGUAGUGACA